AUGCCACCAAAGAAGAAGUUGUCAGUUUCCGCCGACACAAACACUGCUCCUCCAACUACUAGACGCCUAACCCGCUCUUCUUCGAACCUUGCUUCCGCUAAAUCGCCUACUAAACCUACCGCCGAGGUUACGACUUCUGUAGACGCCGAUAUGGGAAGCGCCGUGUCGAAAGCCAAGGCUCUCAAGUCCCGAAAGUCGCGUAAAUCGAAUGGUACGGAGGUUGAACAGAAUGAUAGUGCCGCACUUAAACCCGACCAGCCGACAACCGACGAAUCUACCACCCCUAACGGGAAGGGCAAGCGGAAAACGACAACGGCCGCAGAACAGAAGACUACCACCGCUAAGAAACCAAAAGUUUCGAAAUCCACCGAUGAAUGCCUAAACGACGAUGUGAUUGUAAUCCCGCAGGUCGUGUCGAAACCAGCCAAGGCUACCAAAAAGUCACAACCAAAGAAUGUCGACGAGUGGUUUGAGUCAUAUGCCAGCGCCGAAGACCCCAAUCAAAUCGACAUACAAGGGAUCGUCCGACUACUCGAAGACCUCUCCGUUAAAUUCGAAUCGGCCGCAAUCUAUGUCUUAUGCUGGAAACUCGGUCUCAUCACCAUGGGUUCCAUUCCCCGCGAAAAAUGGACCGAAGGAAUGAAAAAAUACAAUAUCGCCAACAAUACACAGCUCUUGAAGGCACUAGGCGGCUGGCUGCAGCAAGCUAAGCCGGUUUCACCCCCGUCAGACGACUUCCUAUCUUUCUUCAAAUACAUGUUCCAAUUCUCGAAAAACACACCGGAAGCCCGAACUAUCCCAACCGAGAAUGCUCUAGCUGCCUUAGCAUUCGUACUGAACCCUUCGACAUACGAUUUGAAGUAUGAUCCGGAAACUGCGGUUCCGUUGAAAUGGGAGAAGCAUCCGUAUCCACAUGCGGUUCCGUUUUUAGAGUUUUUGGCCGAGAAGCAACCCGUCAAGGCGAUCAAUAAAGAUCAAUGGGAGAGUUUUGUACCGUUCAAUCGAUCGGUAGAGUACAUGCUUGGAAACUAUGAUCCAGAGGGUGCCUGGCCUGCUUUGUACGACCAAUAUGUCGAUUGGAGAAAAGAGAGAGACGGAUUAACUAUCGGACCAAAGGAUGGCCCCGAUACCGAAAACUAA